AUGUCUGUAGCAUGGAAGAAGGAACGAGCAGAUGCUACACUCAGAGAAAUGGGUCUGCAAGAUGCCAUCAACACAAGGGUUGGAGGGUGGAGUUGUAAAGGCCUGAGAGGGAGACAGAAGAGAAGACUUAGCAUAUGCGUUGAGAUUCUUACACAUCCAAGACUCCUCUUCCUUGAUGAAUCAACUAGUGGCCUUGAUAGUGCAGCUUCCUAUUACCCUAGCAGUGAGGUUUUCUACCUUUUUCAUGAUCUUUGUCUUCUCUCUUCAGGAGAAACAGUACAUUUUGGACCCGCCUCUGAUGCAAAUCAGUUUUCUGCUUCAAUUGGUUUUCCUUGCCCAACUCUCUACAAUCUCAUGAACAUUACCUUAGGAUCAUAA